AAAAACCAAAGAAGAAGAAGCAGGUCCGUUUACGGCACACGUGUGCACAGCAGCUGUUUACAACAUGGCGAGAGAAGCGAAGAAGAAGGAGGAGAGGAGGAGGCCGAAGGAGGAGAGGAGGAGGCCGAAGGAGGAGAGGAGGAGGCCGAAGGAGGAGAGGAGCUCCGGGGAGGAGGAGAAGAAGAAGAGGAGGAGGAGGAGUACCGGGCUGAAGCUCCGCAGCUCCCCGGAGCAGGACGCGCUCAGGCCGGACACAGUCUACAAGGAAGACCCGGAGGAGCUCCAUGAGGAGCUGAGCGAGGAGCAGGAGGAGCAGGAUGAGGAGCAGCAUGAGGAGCAGCAUGAGGAGCAGGAUGAGGAGCAGGAUGAGGAGCAGGAGGAGCGCAGGCGGCAGAAGCUCCUGGAGGCCAUCAGCUCCCUCGGCGCGCGGAGGAGGAGGACCCUGCUGGAGCGGUCGGAGGCCGCCGGGCACAUGUCGGAGUUCACCGUGAGCGCGGACGGAGAGGCGGAGCGGGUCGACCUGUCGGAGCUGAUCGGGACCGUGGAGCAGACUCCCGCCGUGCCGAACCGGACCAAGAAGCAGCUGAAGCACCUGCAGCACGCGAACCGGACCGUGGAGAGCCCGCUGAGCCGGCAGGAGAGCGAGCGCAUCCAGCGGGACGUGUCGUUCCAGAAGGCGGCCGCCGAGGUGAGCCGCUGGACGGCCGUCAUCAAGCAGAACCAGCGGGCCGAGCAGCUCGUCUUCCCCCUCAACCAGGAGCCGUCCGGACCCAGACCCGUGGACCGGGUGGCGAGCGGCUGGACGGCGCGGACCCCUCUGGAGGAGGAGAUCUUCAGCCUGCUGUCCGCCAACAAGCAGCCCAUCCACGACCCCGUGCUGACCCCGGUGGAGGAGGCGUCUCUGCGGGCGAUGAGCCUGGAGGAGGCGAAGCAGCGCCGGGCCGAGCUGCAGAAGGCCCGGGCCCUGCAGUCCUACUACGAGGCCCGGGCCCGCAGAGAGAGGAAGAUCAAGAGCAAGAAGUACCACAAGGUCCACAACAAGGCCAAGAGGAAGGAGCUGCUGAAGCAGUUCGACGACAUGGUGAAGGAGGACCCCGCCUCCGCCCUGCAGGAGCUGCACAGGAUGGAGCUGGCCCGCAUGCAGGAGCGCAUGUCGCUCAAACACCAGAACAGCGGGAAGUGGGCCAAGGCCAAGGCCGUCAUGGCCAAGUACGACCUGGGCGCACGCAAGGCCAUGAUGCAGCAGCUGGAGGUGAACAAGGAGCUGACGGAGAAGGUGGUGACGGCGCUCAACAACGACGAGGAGGAGGAGGAGCAGCAGCAGGAGGAGGUGCUGCCGGACUUUGUGAACGACGCAGAGCGAGGAGUCGACCCGUCCAACCCGUGGAUGAGAGGACGACUGACGGAGGAGCCGACGGAGAAGGAGGUGAGCGACGGCGCAGAGGUGACAGUGGAGGAGGCUGCAGCACCCGAGGAGGAGGAGGAGGUGGAGGAGACAGAGGAGGAGAAACUCCUCAGAGAGUUUGAAAGCCGGAGGAAGAGACGUCAGCAGGAGGAGGAGGAGGAAGUGAAGGAGCAGCAGCAGCAGGAGGAGGAGGAGGAGGAGCAGCUCUCAGAGUUCACGACUCUCUUCCGAGGACUCGUUGGCGUCCGUCGGGAGGUGGAGGAGGAGAACCUCGCGGCAGCAGACAAACCGGACUCCUCGGCGCCGCUGCAGGAGAGUCUGAUCCGGGUCAGGACUCUGGAGAAUGUGGAGGACCUCCGUCAGCUCCACGAUGAAGCCGCCACUCCUCCUCCUCCGCCUCCUCCUCACACCGAGCAGCCGCCGCCUGCAGCCGAGAAGGCGGGAAAGAAGAGGAAGAGGAAGCGCGGCAUCGAGCUGAAGGAAGUCCUCACCAAGGGCACGAAGGAGAUCCGAGCGCCCGUCGCUGAGACCGUGGAGGACGCCGGCGAGGAGGCGGAGGAGGAGCCGGACCAGCGCCGGCUCAUCAGCGAGGCGUUCGCCGGAGAUGACGUCGUCUCGGACUUCCUGAAGGACAAGAGGAAACAGGAAGCGGCGGGCAGGCCUCAGGUGCUCGACCUGACGCUGCCCGGGUGGGGUGACUGGGGCGGGACGGGCCUGAAGCCGUCACGCAGCAAACGCCGCAGGUUCCGGGUCAAGGUGGCUCCGCCUCCACCCAGGAAGGACCAGCGCCUGCCCGCCGUCAUCAUCUCGGAGAAGAGGGACGGCGCCGUGGCCCUCCACCAGGUCAGCUCGCUGCCGCUCCCCUUCCAGACGCACGGCCAGUUCGAGAGCGCCAUCCGCACGCCGCUGGGCCGGACCUGGAACACGGAGAGCACCGUGAAGAAGGUCAGCCGGCCCAGAGUGGUGACGCAGCUCGGCGCCAUCAUCGAACCCAUGACCCGCGACGAGCUGAAGGACAGGAAGAGAGGGGCUGAUGGGAAAAAACCUUAGUGUGUGUGUGUGUGUGUGUGUGUGUGUGUGUGUGUGUGUUUCAUGUCUGAUGUUAAAAUCUGUGAAAUAAAUUCAACACGUUGAUUCAAGAUCUGAGUUUUUUAUUUCAGAUGUUUCAGUUGUUUAAAUGUUUGAUAAUUAGAUGAACUGUUAACGAGGAAAUAUGAAACAUUCAAAACAAGUUAAAUUAAAAUAAUUUAAUAUUUAAUGUGUCGUUAAAUUGAACUUUAUUAAUCUGGUUUGUUGAACAUCGUUGAGUUUCGUCAUGUGACAGAUUCAAACAUCGUAAACACGUGAUGACGUUAAUCAGCUGAAUCUGAAACGUGCAAAGAAGAAAUCAGUUAAUUAAUAAAGUUAAUUAUUAAUAAACUGAGUUUAGACGCUUUAACUUAAAGUUCAAAAUGUUUCAGUUCACGUCUCAAAGAAGCAGAAAAACUUUGGACAUUUUAUUUAGUAAAUAUAAAUAAAUGAAUAAAAUGUUGAUGUUAAACUUAUAUAUAUAUAUGUAU